GGCGUGGGGGGCUCGGGGACGCUGUUCUACAUGGUGCACUGCGGGAAGGCCCUCUACAACAACCUGCUCUGGAGGAACUGGUCGGCGGGGACGCUGUCCAGGAUGGUCAUCAUCGGGAACAGCUUUCGCGGGAUGGAGGAGAGGUUGUUGUCAAGAAUAUUCGAGAGAGAUUAUCCUUACAUAGCAAAGGUCUUGAAAGGGACGGAGGAGGUGGCGCUCCCGGCCCACCCGCGGUACCUGGACACCUUCAACGACACCUCCGUCCACUGGUUUCCCUUGCAAAAACUGAAGGAACUCUCCCCAGAGGUCUGGGACUUCACGGAGGAGCCGACGUACCAAGACUGCGACGACCUGGAGAUCAUCAGAAGGGAGGACAGAGCCGAGCGGCGCAGCCCCGAUACCCACGAUCCCUGA